CGUGAUAAUAGAAAAAACAAAACAAAACAAAAAAACAUGGUGUAUAAAAGGUGAAAGUAUGGACAUGGAACAACCAGUUGGUGCCGUCCUCUUGUCCAAGUCAGUUGUCACUGUGAAAUUUCGCGAAAAAAUGAAUUCUGUUCAGAUCAUGCUAGUGACCAUGGCCGUUUUAUCGGUGCACGUUGUCAACGCGAAUCGGGAUCGUCGGGCUCCGCAAUUCUACCCGUACAAUCCUUACAGCAUAGCUAACGAUAUUCACAAUCAAAUCGCGGGAUUGACUUAUCAAAUCAACAAUCGAGUCGUCGCGGCUGCUAAUGCUGCUGUCGCCAACACGUUUGCAGCUGCCACUCAAGGCUUGAAUGGCGCAACUGGGACACGUUACCCGACUAAUGGUAACACUAUUAUUCGACCGUUCUACAUACCCGGUGGGCAAGGUAUCUACAUCGUCUCUUCAGGAGGAAAUGGAUUCGGUUCAGGAGGCAGCGCCGUCGCCGUCAGUUCGGGUGGUAAUCGCUUCACUUCGGGCGGAAAUGCAGUUGCAGCAAUCGGUUCUUCCGGAAUUCGACCAUCUUCAACAAGUCUGCGUCCGUCGUCGUUCCGUCCUACAACAAUUCCGGUGCGUCAACAAACGUCAUUCCGUCCAUCAUCAGGUUCGGCACGUCCAGUAUCCGUUGCAGUGGGUUCACCGAAUCGAUUUGCUGCUGCCGGAGCAGGACCCCUACCUGGUGGCGGUGUUUCAGCUAGUGCUGGAGCCAUUAGCAUUUCUGGAUAAAAAUAAUAUGGCCAAUCGUCAUAGUGGUGAUCUUAUUUUUUUGGGGGGUGUUUUUUUUUUAAUUGCAUUACUCGAACGUUUUU